AUGACUUCUCCCACUAGUAGUCAGAUCGGGGCCAUUGGUUAUGAUGGCCUACCGUACUUCACCCCUGCCAACAAUGGCGGGGCAGCAGCAGAGCCAGAGAACCCCUCGACUCCUACGUUAUUUCGGCCGCUCCAUAUUCGCCAGUUAACGCUGAAAAAUCGAAUCAUGGUCGCUCCCAUGUGCAUGUACUCAUGCCAAUCGGAUCCAUCGUCACCCUUUGUCGGAGCAUUGACGGAUUAUCACAUUGCUCAUCUUGGUAACCUCGCUCUGAAGGGCGUAGGCUUGAUCAUCAUCGAGGCAACUGCCGUACAGGCAAAUGGUCGUAUCUCACCCAACGAUUCGGGCCUUUGGCAAGAGGGCACAGACUCGGAGCAAUUCAAGGCGCUCAAACGGGUCGUGGACUUUGUUCACAGUCAAGGUGCUAAAAUUGCGAUUCAGUUGGCUCAUGCGGGUCGCAAAGCGAGCAGCAUGCCACCCUGGGUUGCCCAGGAAGCUGGCAAACGAAGUCUUCGAGCCGGAGAAGCCGCGGGCGGGUGGCCACACGAUGUUGUCGGACCAUCCGGUGGCGAGGAACAGGCAUGGGCACCCGGUGAUAGUUUCUGGCCUCCUCGCGAGCUGAGCACUGCCGAGGUGGAGGAGACAGUGAAGGCAUUUGCGAGAAGUGCUGAGCUAUCUGUCAAAGCAGGAUUCGAUUUGAUCGAAAUCCACGGCGCACAUGGCUAUCUUGUCAACCAAUUCUUAAGCCCGGUGACCAACAAGCGCACAGACAAGUAUGGCGGCACAUUCGAGAAUCGAACAAGGAUUCUUCGCGAAAUUUCGGGGGCCAUUCGUGCUGUUAUUCCGGAGAGCAUGCCCCUAUUCCUACGCAUCAGCGCGACGGAGUGGCUUGACGGCAAAUUUCCCGAGUUCUGGGAUAUCGAGUCGUCAAUCAAGCUUGCUAAGACCCUUCCAGAUCUGGGUAUUGACUUCCUUGAUGUCAGCUCUGGAGGCAAUCACAAAGAUCAGACACUGGAGCCUCACACCAACUACCAGAUCGAUCUUGCUGCCCAGAUUCGGAAAGAAAUCCGAGAAGUCGGACAAAAGACACUGAUCGGGGCGGUGGGAUUGAUCACUGAGGCUACUGCCGCAAGUCAACUUGUGCAAGGGUCUGAUCUGGAUGAAGCACAUGCUGCAGAGUCAAUGGUAGCAGGCUCGGCUCCCCGGGCCGAUGCUGUUUUAUUGGCACGCCAAUUCCUUCGUCAAGCAGACUGGGUUUAUCACGCGGCAAAAACUCUGGGAGUUCAGAUCACUGUGCCCAAGCAGCUGGGCCGAGCCAUAUGA